AAGUGAAGCCUAAGCAGGUCGGUUGAUGAUUAUCGAUUGCUUGCUUUGAUGGUCAUUCUCAUCCAGAUCGGUAUUCUGGACAGCUUCUUUCUUCUCUCUUUUCUCUUUCUUUCAUAAAUCUCCUCUGUUCGGACCCCCCUUGUGGUUGGUAGUUUUGUAUAUUCAAUCAUCCCUACUCUCGAUUCCAGACGAUCUCCACUCGACUCCGCCCAACGGCCAGACCGAUAAUUAGCUUGAUGAUCAUCAAUCACAUCGCAACAGUCUACCUCUCUUGAAGUAAGAUAUCCUGACAUCAACGUCCUCGACAGCAAUUAGCUCUUCGGUAUGGCUCCAGGUGUCGUUGACACGCCGCACCCUGCGGUAGCCCCCGAUAAGGCUGUAUCGCUGGCACGCUUGACGGAGGACUACGACGACACUCUGCGCUUCUACCUCAACGGGACGAAGAUCACGUUGGAUUGUGUCGAUCCGGAAAUCACACUUCUCGAGUAUCUAAGAGGGAUAGGGUUAACGGGAACGAAACUCGGAUGUGCUGAGGGCGGCUGUGGUGCUUGUACAGUGGUUGUGUCACAUAUAAAUCCGACGACAAAAAAGCUCUACCAUGCAUCCGUCAACGCUUGCCUGGCACCCUUGGUCAGUGUGGAUGGGAAACAUGUCAUCACCGUCGAAGGCAUUGGAGAUGUUAAGAAUCCACAUGCGAUCCAGCAGAGGAUGGCUGUCGGGAAUGGAAGCCAAUGUGGUUUCUGUACGCCGGGCAUUGUGAUGAGUCUCUAUGCACUUAUUCGUAACAACCCUGAACCUUCUGAACAUGUCGUGGAAGAGGCAUUCGAUGGGAAUCUUUGUCGGUGUACGGGCUAUCGACCUAUCUUAGAUGCGGCGCAGAGCUUCUCUGUCACAAAGGGCUGCGGGAAAGCCCUUGCCAAUGGCGGGAGCGGCUGUUGUAUGGAACAGCAGAAUGGGUCAGGUGGAUGUUGUAAGAGCUCGACGGCGGACGAACCCAUCAAUGGCGAUGGGCCUACGUUUGCGCGACCAGACUUCAUUCCUUACAACCCCGACACGGAAUUGAUAUUUCCGCCCGCACUGAAGAAACACCAAUUCAAGCCUCUGGCCUUUGGAAACAAGAGAAAGAAGUGGUACAGGCCAACAACAUUACAACAACUUCUAGAGAUCAAGAGUGUGUAUCCAUCCGCGAAACUCAUUGGAGGAAGUACGGAGACGCAGAUCGAGGUAAAGUUCAAGGCAAUGCGAUACGAUGCAUCUGUAUAUGUGGGGGAUAUUGCGGAGCUGCGUCAAUACAGUCUUAAGGACGAUCAUCUGGAGUUGGGUGCCAAUGUCUCGUUGACAGACUUGGAGAAUAUCUGUGACGAAGCUCUCAAACUCUAUGGUCCUGUCAGAGGUCAGCCUUUUAAGGCGAUCAAAAAGCAGCUUCGUUACUUUGCAGGGCGUCAGAUUCGAAAUGUCGCGUCGCCGGCAGGGAAUUUGGCGACUGCGUCUCCAAUAUCGGAUCUCAACCCAGUCUUUGUGGCUACGAAUACAACCCUUGUCGCUAAAUCUUUGGGGAAAGAAACAGAAAUUCCGAUGACGCAGUUCUUCAAAGGAUAUAGAACCACUGCUCUUCCACCCGACGCUGUCAUUGCCAGUCUCCGUAUUCCGGUCGCCAGCGACAAAGGCGAGUUCAUUCGAGCAUACAAGCAGUCGAAGCGAAAAGAUGACGAUAUCGCUAUUGUAAAUGCUGCCCUCCGCGUGUCAUUGUCAGAAUCGAACAACGUUAAGAGCUGCAGUCUGGUGUAUGGUGGCAUGGCACCCAUGACUGUCUCUGCGAAAACGGCUGAAGAGUAUCUGGUGGGAAAGAAAUUUACCGAUCCAUCUACCCUGGAAGGCGUCAUGAAUGCUUUGGAACAGGAUUUUGACCUGAGAUUUGGAGUUCCUGGCGGCAUGGCCACCUACCGAAAAACUCUCGCCAUGUCAUUUUUCUACCGCUUCUAUCACGACGUACUUUCCAAACUGGAGGCCAAGGCGCUGGGAGCUGACCAGGAAGCAAUUGAAGAGAUUGAAAGAGCUAUAUCUACUGGCAAGAAAGACCACGAUGCUUCUGUGGCGUAUCAACAGAGAAUCUUGGGAAAGCCAACAGCCCAUGUGUCUGCAUUGAAGCAGUGUACUGGACAAGCUCAGUACACGGAUGAUAUUCCAAACCAAAAGAACGAGCUCUAUGGCUGCUUGGUGCUUUCUACGAAGGCUCAUGCAAAGAUUCUCAAUGUGGAUGCCUCGGCAGCAUUGGACAUACCAGGUGUCUUUGAUUACAUCGACCACACCUCCCUUCCAAGUCCAGAAGCAAACUGGUGGGGUGCGCCCAACCGUGACGAGGUGUUCUUUGCUGUAGAUAAAGUCACAACCGCAGGCCAACCAAUUGGUAUCAUCUUGGCGAACUCCGCAAAGGUUGCAGAGGCAGCUGCAAGAGCCGUCAAGGUCGACUACGAAGAAUUGCCGGCAAUUUUGACUAUUGAGGAGGCCAUCGAAGCGGACUCUUAUUUUGAGCAUUACCGAUAUAUUAAGAAUGGCGAUCCCGAAUCUGCUUUCAAAAGUGCCGACCAUGUCUUCUCCGGUGUCUCGAGAAUGGGUGGUCAAGAACAUUUCUACUUGGAGACACAGGCAUGCGUCGCUAUCCCCAAGGCCGAGGAUGGUGAGAUGGAGAUCUGGAGCAGUACGCAGAAUCCCACUGAAACUCAAACAUACGUUGCUCAAGUGGCUGGUGUAGCUGCAAACAAAGUUGUAUCUCGGGUGAAGCGCCUGGGAGGCGGUUUCGGUGGAAAAGAGACCAGAUCGAUACAGUUGGCUGGCAUUUGUGCCGCCGCUGCCGCUAAGGUCAAGCGACCGGUCCGUUGUAUGCUCAACCGUGAUGAGGAUAUCGUUACCUCCGGACAGCGACAUCCUUUCCUGUGCCGAUGGAAAGUUGGAGUCAGUAACGAAGGAAAGCUUCUUGCUCUAGACGCUGACAUCUUCGCCAACGGCGGCCACACACAAGAUUUGUCCGGCGCUGUAGUGGAGAGAUCACUGUCCCAUGCAGAUGGAGUGUACAACAUCCCCAAUGUCCAUGUGCGCGGACGCGUAUGCAAGACGAAUACCAUCUCCAACACGGCGUUCCGCGGUUUUGGUGGCCCUCAGGGUCUUUUCUUCGCCGAGUCUUUUGUGUCCGAAAUCGCAGACCACUUGAAUAUUCCAGUUGAGGAGUUCCGCGCGCUUAAUAUGUACAACCCUGGUGACAAGACACAUUUUCGCCAGGAACUCAAAGACUGGCACGUUCCUCUGAUGUACAAGCAAGUUAUGGAGGAGAGUUCAUACAAGGAACGUCGGAAAGCGGUGGAAGAGUACAACAGAACUCACAAAUGGUCCAAGCGAGGCCUAGCUAUCGUUCCGACAAAGUUCGGCAUUUCUUUUACUGCUCUAUUUCUGAACCAGGCAGGUGCUCUGGUCCAUAUUUACCAUGAUGGAAGCGUGCUGGUGGCCCAUGGUGGAACUGAGAUGGGCCAGGGACUCCACACCAAGAUGACUAUGAUCGCCGCUGAGGCACUGCAGGUCCCCUUGGAGGAUGUCUUUAUCUCAGAGACAGCAACCAAUACGGUUGCGAACACUUCAUCCACAGCUGCCUCGGCAAGUUCUGAUCUGAACGGUUAUGCGAUCUUUAAUGCCUGCCAGCAAAUUAAUCAUCGUCUUCGCCCGUACCGGGAGAAGAUGCCUAAUGCAUCUAUGAAAGAAUUGGCUCAUGCGGCUUACUUCGACAGAGUGAACCUUUCUGCCCAAGGAUACUACCGUACGCCGGAUAUCGGCUACACCUGGGGUGAGAACAAGGGCCAGAUGUUCUUCUACUUCACCCAAGGUGUCACAGCGGCUGAAGUGCAGAUAGACACACUGACUGGCGACUGGACACCUCUACGCGCCGAUAUUAAGAUGGACGUAGGCCGCAGCAUCAACCCAGCAAUCGACUAUGGCCAGAUCGAAGGCGCUUUUAUCCAAGGCCAAGGCCUUUUUACUACAGAAGAAUCCCUCUGGCACCGUGCCUCCGGUCAGAUCUUCACCAAGGGACCGGGGAACUACAAAAUUCCCGGUUUCCGGGAUAUUCCGCAGGUCUUCAACGUCAGCCUGCUCAAAGAUGUCGAGUGGGAGAAUCUUCGAACGAUCCAGCGUUCGCGCGGCGUUGGCGAACCCCCGCUCUUCAUGGGUAGCGCCGUCUUCUUUGCUAUCCGCGAUGCGCUCAAAGCUGCCCGGCGGCAAUGGGGCGUCACAGACGUCUUGAGUCUGCAAAGUCCAGCAACGCCCGAACGCAUUCGAGUCAGCUGUGCUGAUCCAAUCGUCGAACGAGCCAGGGUUCUUCCGAAGGAGGGCGAGAAGAGUUUCUUCGUGGCUAUCUAGAUGACACUCUAGGAUAUCCGACAUACCGAGAAGCGUCCUCAAAGCUCCCUUAGAUUACAAUUAUAUACAAUAACUAGACAAGUAGCAAAUUUGAAUUCAUAAUGUUCACUCGAGU